AUGCGGAAUAAAACGGCUCGCAUCGCACCUGCAUCUCUAAAUAAAGAUUGCUUAGUCCUAGAAUUUAUAAGUGCAAACGCUAAUCCGUGACUCAGAGUUUACACGCACCCUCCGAGCUCCGAGCAUCACCCGUGACCCAGCCACAAGGAUCCCACUGCUUGAUCGUCCGCCGGUAAGAAUCCGGUUUCCCAAGUUGAGAUCUUUCCGUUCCUGAUGUCCCCUCUCCGCCGUCCGCUAAUUCGCUCUAGCACAUCUCUUUUCCGGAGCGAGCCGCAAAUUGUGUCCGGAAUAGGCAAGCUGAACUGAGGCCUUUUCUAGAAUGUUACUAGUCAUCUAUGAGCUAUCAGAUCAUCUGCAUGAGCUGCAUUGGACCUAGUGAAUAGCUUCAGCAGUCGCAAGCUAUGUGAACCGUUUUAAUUAUUAUAUGAAUAAAUAUGCCCGUUCUUGCUCCAAUCUCUUAUGUGCUGUGCUUCAUUAGAUAUUGAUUCAUAGUCGUCACAUUGAAACGAAAUCAUAAUUUAAUCGCAACCCGAACCUGUAAAACUCACGCGUCAACUUAUCCGUCACCUACAAUGGCAUCCCAAAAACCCGUCAUCGUCAUCAUCCACGGCGCCUUCUUUUCGCCGAUGCACUAUAGGAGACUGAUCGACCCAUUGCGUGCCCAAGGAUAUGUCGUUAUAAGCCCGCCCAUGACUACAACAGGCCUUGACGACACUGUGGGGGGCAAGACUUAUGUCGACGACGUGAACCGCAUCCUCGAGUAUCUUACUCCCUACUUAGAUGAGGGGAGGGAAGCUGUAGUACUUGGACAUAGCCAGGGCGGCAUCGCAGCUAGUGCCUUGACUGAGAACCAGACCGUGGAAGACCGCAAAGCCAAGGGGUUGAAGGGAGGCAUCAAAGCAGUCAUAUAUCUCACUGCCCUCGCUAUUCCUACGAAAGGGGCUACUUUGAUGGGUAUUCUGGGAGGCACGCCGCCACCAAUCUAUAAAGCUGAGGGUCCUUUCUAUGUCCUAACCGAACUAGCCCUCUCUCCACAAGCCGGCGACCUGAGGAUACCCGAAGAAGACCGAAUAGGUCUGUCGAAGAGCUUAGUGCAUCAGAGUAAAGCCAGCCUCGAAGCCCCGGUACAAUAUACUGCAGUUGACGUCACUGUUCCUAAAACAUACAUCGUAUGUUCCGAGGACCCGUCCUUACCGGCUGCUCUUCAGGAGACUAUGGCUGAAACUGCUGGUUGCAAGAUCGUGAAGAUUGCAGCUGGUCACUUUCCAUUUUUAGAGAGUGUCGAGAAAGCGAAAGAGGUUGUUGAUAUCAUCGUGGAGGUUGCUGGGCAAUGAUGAGACUAGGUAAGAAUGGGAAUAAUGACCCUAAAUAUAGAUCAUCUCUCAGCUCAACCUUUUGUACAAUAUAAAACUACCUUGUAGGUAUCUGUAUAUUAUUAAACGUCAGCCAUAUUAGGCCAAACCAACUGAAGCUAAUCAACUUUACCUAAAUGACGAUAA